AUGUCCAAGGAAUUGCAUUCAACCUCACCAGGGUUACCACCCCACGACGAUCAGUCGACGGCGACUGUUCGCUCCACGACAUCUCAGUCGAGCACCAACUCUGCCUUUACCAGCAGUGGCAGAGCAGGCAAUAAGACGGUUCGGCCCUCCUCGACAGACAAUGAUCGAUCCAUCGGUCACGGCCUCACAACGAUCCUUGUCAAGGGUAACCUGGUUCAUUCGGACCUUGCAAGUGGCGACACUGAUGAUGGUGGCGACAACAAGUCCGUCUCCUCCCAGCGUGUUCGCAAGCGGGACAAACUGUUCGGAUUCUUUCGACCAUCGACCUCAACACCCAGGGACAAUCAGUCGCAGAGUCCCAAGACAUAUCUUGACCGAUUCUCCACCGCUAGCACUGAAGCGAAUCUUCAUCGCCUCUCAAUUAUCAGUACUCAGUACAGUGGUGACGUCGAGUAUGAGGCUCAAGUUUCUAGCAGUGUUGACAUCGAACAUACAGUCUCCAUCACCGAGGUCGAAAGUCCUGCUUCCUGUGCCCAGUCGUCAGCUCUGCCGGCCAUACCUCGCAUGGGUGUUUUCUCGCAAAAUAUCAAACCACCUGCCAUCCUCAUCACCCUGCCCAAGUUCGGUUCCCGCAUUGAUACCACUCCCCAACUUACUUUGUGCAUUGGCUUGCUCCCCAACAGUUUUAACACCAUUGACCAGCGAGAGGAUCCCUUGCAGGUCCUGUGGUCUAGCACUUCUGCCCAUCUUGCCUGGCUUGGUGCUAUGAAGGAAGACCCCGUUGAGCAGGAACGUCUGCGAUGCCUUGGAGCUCGCAUGGUGGAUGAGUUUGCAAAGGAUGCCUCAAAAGACCUGACCGAGAUUGCGGAGAUGGUCCUUAUUGGUCCAGUGCUCGACAACGAGCAUUUUCGCAGGUUGCUCUCUUGCACCAUCACGGCAUUCGACCAAGCUGUGCUUCUGAAUGUUGAUUUGCUGCAAGGUCUGGUACAGUUGGUCCAAUCUGCUCCCUCCGAGACUCUACUCCCUGACGACCUGGUAAAGAUCCUCCAUGUACUCAGAGUUCGUCUGCAGGACACCCACCAGCAGUCGUCUGUUCAUCCUUUCCAUCUCACUUUGGCUGUCUCGAGGCUGCUUGAUGUCAUGGCGGAUCACAAGGUCAAGGACUUGGAUCGAGUUGAAGAGCACGAACCUCUGUCUGGGGUGUUGUCGGGUUUGAAGGCUAGCUCGGAUCCUUACUUGAUGUAUCAGGCAUGCUAUGCGUUCCAAGCGCUGCAGUAUGUCCCCAACAAUGAAUCACCGCUGCAGGCCGUUCUCCGACAUUCUACUGGGGUUGUGGAAGGACUCGUCAAGGUCUCGGCGGUAUUUAAGCUGGAUCUGGGAGCAGUUCUCGAGGGACUCAGUAAGCUGCAGGAGACUCUCGGAGGUGUCGUUGAGGUUGCUGGUAGUGUCUAUGAUGGUGCCUGUUCGCUUAUGGAGAGUGGCCGAGGCGUGCUUGAGAGCAUGAAGGAGGGGCUCGAGUCUGGUCAGAAACGUCCGUGGUACACUGCCGUCCGUGCCGCCUACGCCUUUGCUCAAGCUGGCCAACUCAAGGAUCUCAACGUGCUCAUCUAUGAGGCACCCUGUCGUCGUGAUCCUUUGUUCCAAUGGGGUAUCUGCCAAUUGCUGGGCGAGAUCGCCUCUGACACCAUCUGGGACACCAGCGUCCGCCUGCACGCCAUCGAUCUUCUUAGAGAGCUGUACAUGACCGAUCCUUUGUGGGGUCAUGAUGAAAGCGUCAGGACUUGGACGCUAAACAUCAUCUGCCAACUCGGAACCACUACUGACCAGGUCGUCAGUGCCAGUGCUCACACCUUGCUCAAGGACCUCAACCAGGAACAAGACACCACCACCCAUCUUCCUUACCCACUCAGGAACCGCCUUCCUCUGCCUGCAACAUCCCCUACGCUCGCUCGCGUUCAAAAUAUCCCUCCUCUUGAGUACGAUCUCCACAAGCACAAAGUCCUGAGGUUGGAACAGAGUAGCCUGUCACUUUACAUUCAGCCGUUUGCCAAAGCCAGUCUGAGGGCCAAGGACGAAGAUACCUUUCCUCUCCUGGAGAAAGUACUGGAGUUCCUGGCAAGCGAGCAUCAAGUGAUGUUGAUCCUAGGUGACUCUGGGUCUGGGAAAUCGACAUUCAAUCGCCACCUUGAGCAUCAACUCUGGACCGACUAUAAGCAAGGCGGACCCAUCCCAUUGUUCAUCAAUCUUCCCGCCAUCGACCGCCCAGACCAGGACAUGAUCGCCAAGCAGCUGAGGGCCAACAACUUUAGCGACGACCAGAUCCAGGAGAUGAAGCAGCACCGCCAACUCAUCCUCAUCUGCGAUGGCUACGACGAGAAUCAGCAAUUGGUCAAUCUGCACCAAACUAACAUGCUGAACCAGCCAGGACAAUGGAACACCAAGAUGGUCAUCAGCUGCCGCACCCAGUUCCUCGGACCCUCGUACGACGAUCGCUUCAAACCGCUACCAUCAGAUCGCUACGCGUCUAGUUCCCAGAAUCUAUUCCAGGAGGUCGUCAUUGCUCCCUUCUCCAAGGAGCAGAUCGAGAGUUAUGUCGGGCUGUAUGUGCAGGAUCCACAGACGGCGCUGUUAUUCCAGAAUCAAGUUGUGUGGCCGGCGAAGGAGUACAUUGAUAAGCUGACAACGAUCCCUAAUGUCAAAGACCUCGUCAAGAACCCGUUCCUCCUCACGCUUGCUCUCAAGGCUCUGCCUCGCUUGGUCGCCUCGAAUAGCGAUCUGUCAAGCAUGCGUGUCACCCGAGUCGGACUCUAUGAUAUGUUUGUAAAGCAGUGGCUUGAGACGAAUCAAGUCCGUUUGCGUAUGAGCGCACUGAGCAAGGAAGAACUGACGGCAUUGAAUUCGCUGAUGGAGGAGGAUUUUAUUGGAUGCGGAAUCGACUACCUGCUGCGUCUCUCUGCGGCGAUCUUUCAGGAGCAGGGUGGAACCCCGAUCGUCCAAUAUAUCCAUCGACAUGACAAGGACUCCUGGAAGGCGGUGUUCUUUGGUACUGAUCCCGAGACUAAGCUACUCCGUGAGGCCAGUCCAUUGAUGCGCACUGGGAAUCAGUAUCGCUUUGUCCACCGGUCCAUGCUUGAGUAUUUCCUCUCACGCGUCAUUUACAACCCGGCCAAGGUUGACGAGCAGGACUUUGACUCCUCAAUUGAGACUACAUCCCCAGCCUCCCUUUCGUCCGACAUCAAUGGCCCUCUGUACCUGAGAAACCUGCUCAAGGAGCCGUCGAUUAUCCAGUUCCUGUGCGACCGCGUGAGGCUCGACCCGCAUUUUGAGCAACAACUCCGCGCGGUUAUCAACCAGUCCAAGACUGAUUCCAGUGCCACCAUCGCUGCCACCAAUGCCAUCACGAUCCUGAUCAGAGCUGGCGCUCUGUUCAACGGAGCUGAUCUCCGUGGCAUCAAGGUCCCUGGCGCCGACCUUUCCGACGGGCAAUUCGACUCUGCACAGUUCCAAGGCGCUGACCUGACAAGAGCCAAUCUCUCGAGAAGUUGGUUGCGGCAAGCGGAUCUGAGCCAUGCACAGAUGGAAGGCGUCCGGUUUGGAGAGCUGCCAUACCUCAAGAUGGGGGGCUCCAUAACAGCAUGUGCCUACUCGCCUGACGGAAGGAUGCUUGGAGUGAUGGUGGAUGGUGAUGGCCUUGGCAUCACUUCCGGUCACGAGGACGGCGAUGUGCAGUUGUGGGAUAUGGUCUCCGGUAGCCCAGGUCCUGUACUACAAGGCCACACCAAGACUGUUACUGGAAUCGCAUUCUCUCCGAACAGCCUAUUGAUCGCAACUUCAAGCGACGACUUCAGGGUGAUGUUAUGGGACGCAUCCACAGGCGACAUUAUUUCCACGUUUGGUCACUUGACCUAUGUAAACGACGUUGCCUUCUCUCCGAACGGUCUUACCAUUGCAUCAGGAUCUGGUGACGGAACAGUUCGACUAUGGGAGGCGAGCUCUAGUCCCUCCAGCAUUGCAAUACAAGAUCAGAUCGGUGACUCUUGUCUGGUGGCCUAUUCUCCCAAUGGCCUAUCUGUACUCUCUAUCGAUAACGUACCUGUCUCCUCUAGGUAUCGCCCUGGUGUUAUCCGACAAGGGAAUGCUACAACAGGAUUGCUCGGAUCAGUGUCGUUUGAGUUUCCGGACCCAGAGAUGAUCAACUGCGUGGCGUUUUCGGCGGACGGCAAUCAAGUCGCAACCGGGUGCGAGGAUGGUUCUGUGCGAUUGUGGGACUGCAGAACUGGCGCAGCUGGGCUAGUCUUGAAUGGGAAUUCGGGCGCAGUGAAGAUUCUUGCUUAUUCAACCUGUGGUCGCUGGAUCGCCUCUUGCGACCACGAUGAGAUUGUACGAUUGUGGGACCUUUAUGAUACGGAGCAGCAAUGCAUUCUUGCUACAGGUGGAGACAACGACAACUGCAUCAUUGAAAUGAAGUUCUCACCGACAGGACAUCAACUUGCAAUGUGCUCGGAGGAUGGGAAAGUCGGACUUUUCGAUCCACGAACAAGAGUCCUCUUGACGUCCAAGAAGCUGAGGGAGGUCCCAAUCCUGGCACUGGACUACUCGCCCAAUGGUCAGCAACUUGCUUUGGGCACUUUGUGCUCGAUUGUCUUGUGGGACCUGCAGUCGGACGAGCCUGGUCUGGAAUUGAAAGUGCAUGUCAGUUCGUUUAAGCCCAUUGCUAAUUGCGCGUAUGUCGCCUACUCGCCAUGCGGUCAGUUUCUGGCACACUCUAAGGCCCAUAUUCUGCAUCUCUGGCAUCGUCAGUUGGUCGAAGGAGACAUCGAAAGCUGGUCUUGCGCAGCCUCGCUUCGUGUGUUUUCUGAUAUAGUCGUAAGCAUGUCUUGGAAUCCAGCUAUCCCGAAGGAGUUCAUUACAGCCAGCAAUGAUAGGUCUGUCCGAGUAUGGCGAGUGUCGAGUGACGAUGGAACCAUGUCCGUGAAGAUGCUCUGGGGAACCAAUCUUAGGACGCUUUGCACCGCAGGUGUGGUUCUUGAGGGUGCGAUUGGUUUGAGCCCAUCCCACCAGGAGUUGAUAUCUCAACGCAGUGCCUUUGACGGGGUGUUGCCUUCGGACGACGAAGGAUUUGACGAUGAGUCUGAAGAUGAGUAG